CGGUGCCCUCGGAGGAGGGCGGGAUCCUGCUGGGUGGGUCUUGCCCCAGCAGUGAGGCGCUAUAGACCUCACCCCGCCGUCCAGUCCUCCCUGAGAUCUGAGCGGGCCGGCUCCUGCUGGGAGAGAGGACACCUUCUCUUCGCUUCAUUUGGAUUAUUAGCGGGCUUUGCUGGCCUGGAUGUGUGCACAAGUAGGCUGGCAAGAGGUGAAAAAGGUGCUCCACCAAGGUGUUCACAAUGCUGUGCCGAGCUGCUCUUCUCCCUUCUCUGCGUUCCUCGGGACGAUUCUGGCGACAGUCCGAUGUGGCUGGCUCCCACCCUUGCUUACUGGCUCCUAACCUGGUGCUCAGGAAUACAUCUGCCCGAGGCUGGAGUAACAUCCCUUUCAUCACGGUACCCCUCAGCCGAACCCACGGCAAGUCCUUUGCUCAUCGCAGUGAACUGAAGCAUGCCAAGAGGAUUGUGGUGAAGCUGGGGAGCGCUGUUGUGACUCGAGGGGACGAAUGCGGCUUGGCCUUGGGGCGGCUGGCAUCCAUUGUCGAGCAGGUGUCCAUGCUGCAAAACCAGGGACGGGAGAUGAUGAUAGUCACCAGUGGGGCUGUGGCUUUUGGAAAGCAGCGGCUCCGUCACGAGAUCUUGCUGUCACAGAGUGUGAGGCAGGCUCUGCACUCGGGGCAGAACCAACUCAAGGACAUGGCCAUUCCUGUGCUGGAGGCGCGGGCCUGCGCUGCUGCUGGUCAGAGCGGGCUGAUGGCUCUGUAUGAGGCCAUGUUCACACAAUACAGCAUCUGUGCAGCUCAGAUUUUGGUCACCAACCUGGAUUUCCACGACGAACAGAAGCGGCGCAACUUAAAUGGGACAUUGCAUGAGCUGCUGCGGAUGAACAUUGUCCCCAUCAUCAACACCAAUGAUGCUGUGGUUCCUCCCCCAGAGCCAAAUAGUGACCUGCAGGGGGUAAACGUGAUUAGCGUGAAAGACAACGACAGUUUAGCAGCACGGCUGGCUGUAGAAAUGAAGACUGACCUGCUGAUCAUUCUUUCAGAUGUCGAGGGCCUCUUUGACAGUCCCCCAGGAUCGGAUGAUGCAAAGCUCAUCGACAUAUUUUAUCCUGGAGACCAGCAGUCUGUGACGUUUGGAACAAAAUCGAGGGUGGGGAUGGGAGGCAUGGAGGCCAAGGUGAAGGCUGCCCUGUGGGCCCUCCAAGGAGGUACCUCGGUAGUGAUUGCCAAUGGAACUCAUCCCAAGAUCUCUGGUCAUGUCAUCACAGACAUUGUAGAAGGAAAAAAAGUCGGCACGUUUUUUUCUGAGGUGAAGCCAGCAGGCCCAACGGUGGAGCAGCAGGCCGAAAUGGCUCGUGCAGGAGGCAGGAGUUUGGCAGCGCUGCAGCCUGAACAGAGAGCAGAGAUCAUCUAUCAUCUUGCUGACCUUCUGACAGACCAGCGAGAAGAGAUUCUUCAGGCCAACAAAAAGGAUAUGGAAGAAGCUGAGAAUAAAGGGAGGCUGGCCCUGCCUUUGUUGAAGAGACUGAGUCUGUCAACCUCCAAGCUAAAUAGCCUGGCCAUUGGGCUGCGUCAGAUUGCAGCAUCUUCACAGGAUAGUGUUGGCCGGGUCCUUAGAAGGACACGAAUAGCAAAGGACUUGGAGCUGGAGCAAGUGACUGUGCCUAUUGGGGUCUUAUUAGUGAUCUUUGAAUCCCGGCCUGACUGUCUCCCGCAGGUCUCUGCCUUGGCUAUUGCCAGUGGAAAUGGGCUGCUGCUUAAAGGGGGCAAAGAGGCAACUCACAGCAAUCAGAUCCUUCACCAGCUGACUCAGGAAGCCCUUUCCCUCCACAAUGUGAAGGAUGCCGUGCAGCUGGUGAAUACGAGGGAGGAGGUGGAAGACCUUUGCCAUCUAGACAAGCUGAUCGAUUUGAUCAUCCCCCGCGGCUCAUCCCAGUUGGUUCGAGACAUCCAGAAGGCUUCUAAAGGAAUCCCAGUGAUGGGGCACAGUGAGGGAAUUUGUCAUGUGUAUGUGGACUUGGAGGCCAGUGUUGAAAAAGUCACUAGAAUAGUGAGAGACUCCAAAUGUGAAUAUCCUGCAGCCUGCAAUGCCCUGGAGACGUUGCUAAUACACCGGGACUUGCUGAGAACGCCUGUGUUUGACCAGAUCAUUGACAUGUUGCGCAUGGAGCAGGUGAAGAUUCAUGCUGGCCCCAAGUUUGCCUCCUAUCUGACGUUCAGCCCAUCCGAGGUGAAGUCGCUCCGCACCGAAUAUGGGGACCUGGAGUGCUGUAUUGAAGUGGUGGAGAGUGCACAGGAUGCGAUUGAGCACAUUCAUAAAUACGGGAGCUCCCACACAGAUGUGAUCAUCACAGAGAAUGAGCAAACAGCCGAGUACUUCCUCCAGCACCUGGAUAGUGCCUGUGUGUUCUGGAAUGCCAGCACCCGCUUCUCGGAUGGCUAUCGCUUUGGACUAGGGGCUGAAGUUGGCAUCAGCACAUCACGCAUCCAUGCUCGUGGGCCCGUGGGAAUUGAGGGCCUGUUGACUACGAAGUGGCUGCUAAGAGGAGAGAAUCACAUUGUGUCUGACUUCUCUGAGCAAGGGAGUAUGAAGUAUCUCCAUGAAAACCUUCCCAUCCCUCAGAGGAACACCAACUGAGCAACCCAGUUGGAGACCGCAGUGUUUAUGGGGCUGCUGCGAUUUUGGAACCUUGUCUGGAAAAGUAGAAGGACCUCCACGGUGAGGCCUACAGUGUUUUCAGGACUCUAGUCUUUCCAGGUGAUCAGGUGCGCGGUUACAGGGGUGGUUGCAGACCAUGCUUGGUUGCCUGAGUUCUUUCUCCCAUGCAGACUACAUUACUUAGAUGGCGGAUGCAGAUGUUCAAGGCAGCCUCGUGCUAGCAAGCAUCCAGGAAAGAACUCUAAUCCUUCUCCACCUCACUUGGAAUAGUGGAGAGCUCUUGGGUUGACCUAUUUAUUGAUCUGAUGCCUCCUUUUUUCAUUCCAAAAACGUCUGGCUUUUUGUCCCCCUGCUGCUUGUUUUGCAGAAACAUUGGGUAGCAGUUCUGGUUCUUUCUCCUUCCUUUGGAGAUUUGAUAUCUGAAGAAGUUGUUAUGAGAAGUGCUCCAUGUCUUAUUUAAAAUGUUGAAUCACAUUAAUAAAUAUUCCAGGUACAAGCAUAAUGGAUGGUCUUUUAUCCAAGCAGUGCUUUUUCUUGCUUAGUUUCCUUUCAUUGCUGGCUGGCUGUUGGGGUGUGGGAAAUCAUGGCUGUAUACUAUGAGGGUUUUCACAGUAACCCUUUUAUGAAUAUUUGUACCAAAUAUUUUUGUCCAUGCAUUUUAUAUGGAAUUUUAUUUCCCUUGAGAAACUGAAAAUAUUUUUCAAACUUCAUGGUUUUUCAAAUAAAACUCCCUUGCAAUAUUA